GCCUCAUUGGUCAUAUAAACAUGGCGGCCUCCUUGUUGACAACAUUGUGACUACCAACCAACGACGCAGCUUGUUACUUUGGAGUCAUAUGUAGUUAUAAAUAUACAAUAACGUGCCAUGGCGCUCAGAGUGUGCUGGCGUUUCUGCAGGGAUUCGACUGUCCUCCCCAGACGGCUCGUCGCGUCUGCCCGCCAGGAACCUGCGUCAUGGCUUCUCAAGAAAGGAAAUGCAGCCUGUAACUCUGGAAGAAGCAACUCAUUUCUCUUCACUCCAGCCUGUUUUAUUACAUCAGAUGCAUUUCUAAACACGCUGCUGAAAGGCAACCCUGCAGAGGCAGAUGACAGCUGUUAUCGCCUUCCCGCCUCCGUUCCUCCAGACAACGGUGAGCAAAUGUCACUCUUGCUGAGACGUCCCGAUCAGCCUGAAAAUUCCAAGAUAUUAAAAGUGGCCAUAAUUGGUGCCCCGAAUGCUGGGAAAUCCACUUUGUCCAACCAGCUUCUUGGCAGAAAGGUGUUUGCUGUGUCCAAGAAAGUACACACAACAAGGAGACGUUCCCUGGGGGUCCUAACAGAACAUGAGACACAGAUCAUUCUACUGGACACACCAGGCCUCACCACGCAAUCAAAAGUCAAAAGACACCAGCUGGAGAAAUCUUUGCUUUUGGAUCCUUGGACCACGGUGAAGGAGGCCGACUUAAUGGUGGUCAUGGUUGAUGUGUCGGACAGAUGGAUGUGCAAAAGGCUGGACUUUGAGGUGCUCAAAUGCCUGGCACGACACCCGAACAUCCCAGCUGUGCUCGUCCUCAAUAAGGUGGACAAGGUGAAGGCGAAGGACAGGUUGCUGGACAUCACAGGAGAGCUGACAUGUGGAGUUGUGAAUGGCCGCCGACUGCAUGUCAGACGGUUGACCAAGCCCCCGUGUGCUGAGAAGAGUCCCGAGCGGUAUUCUGAAGAGCUGCAGGACGAGGACGCCACUGAGCUCGAACACGAUGCCGAUGGAGACAAGACCGGGCUGGACAAAGAGCAGCUGAAGACACUGAGGACCCAGAAGGGCUGGGCUGGCUUUAAGGAUGUCUUCAUGCUCUCAUCCGUGGACAGAGAGGAUGUGGAGACGCUCAAGAGGUACUUACUGGUUGCAGCCAAAUGUGGGUCGUGGCAGUACCACAGUGAGGUGCUGACAGACCAGAGUCCAGAGGAACUGUGCACCAACAUCAUCAGAGAGAAGCUUCUCGAGCACCUGCCGCAGGAGGUGCCAUAUGCGAUUACACAGUCUGUUGAGCUUUGCCAAGAGGAUGAAAACGGACAGCUACACAUUUUGGUGAAAAUUCACACCAAGAAAGAAACUCAUUUGAGGAUGGUGAUCGGCACUGCGGGCCAGAUGGUCGCACGUAUCGCCCAGGAGGCGAGCGAGCAGCUCACGCACAUCUUCCUAAAAGAGGUCAAGCUCAGGCUCUCGGUCAAGAUGAAGAAGGGAUGACGAGGAAGAAAGGAUCGGAGACGCUUCCUGCAGGACCGAGCGAAGGACACAGACGUAUGUGGACACAUGAAGAUCCCUUUCUGUAACCAAUAACACCAUUUGCACCCUCAAGUGCGAUCCCAUACAACACCGAGAGGUGGCAUGAUGUUUAUUAUUGUGGUUGUAGUUUGCCCUUCAUGCCAUUAAAUAAGGUCAUUAAAGUAUGAUGCAAUGCACUUGGAACAUAUUCAGAUAAAUAAAUGUCUUCCUGGCUGAAUGAAUAAUUCAAUGUCAAGAUUGGAAGAUGUACCUAAUAUUGUGGCCACUUUUUCAAUAUUGGACAGGAAUGACUGUUUGCAUCCAGCGAAAAAACAAAAUAAAGACCUUGUUUUUGGGGUUUUUUUAUGUAUUUUUUUGACACAAGCUUCGCAGCGUGCUUUGGCAAACUGAUGGUUUAUCUGCGACUGUCAGGAGGUUGUACUGGCAUCGCCUCACGCACGCACGUUCAAGUCCAGCCUGCUGUGUCAUCUUCUGCAGCUCAAGUGAUGGACGUAAAUGAUAAUUAGCGGGAAUAAAAGUAGCAAUUGAAGGUCAGUAGUUGCGUCAUUAUCAUUAUCAUUAGUGUGCAAAGGCCCUGCUUAUCAUUCUAAGCAAAUAAAAUGCAAAUGUGAUGGAUUUUCUAACCUGGGAACCUGGCUUCCAUCACAGCAAAUACAGUAAACACCCUAAUUAUUCAUGCUCCAUACAAAUUUGGUGUUAAAGUGAGUUGUCUGUUAAAUGUGUAUCAUAACCUGACACAAAGUGGCCAAAAAACGUUAUUUCACAUUGUUUUCUGCAUGUAAAGCUAUAAAUGUUCUAAUAGUUCACAAAUUAGAUUUCUAUAUUCUUGUUAUCGUUAUAAAUAUAGUAUUAUAUUUAGGAUAUUUGAACUCUGCUUCGUAAGACAGGCUCUUUCAGCAGUAUUUGAAGUACUUACAAGUUGGAGGGUGAAACACGCGUAAAAGAGAAUAAUCAUGAUUAGGAUUUGUAGAAAUAUAUACUGAACAAAAAAAAUCAUGAAGGCCAUUUGCUGUAUCAAAAAUAAUAGCUUUGGUGGAGUGUUUUUUUUUUAUUUAUUCUGAAUGUAUUAUUUAUUCAGAAAUUAAUUUGAAGAUCUGUGUGUUUUUAACAUUUUUAUUUUUCAAACUUUUCUGUGUAGUAUUUUUUUUCAGUGUCUUUUAGUAUCUUUAGCAUCUUUUUAUAUACCUUGUUUUUAGUAACAGAAGAUUUUUUUUUAUAGUUUUUUGCCUUGUAUAAACAAAAUAAGUGUAUUUAUAAAUGUUUGGUAAGCACAUUUUCCAAAGAACUAAACUACUGUACUGAUACAAUAAAGCAAAAACUAAUCAAAUACAAUUUUUUUUUAAUUAAGUGUCCAACCUUUUUGUUCAUAUUUCCAA